GGGGGGGGGAGAGGGAGACAGACCCUAGCGCGCAAAAAGUUCGUGAUGGGCACCCGAGGAAGACAUUCACUCAAUUUGCGAAUCAACUGCGACGACACAGCUUGCGUCCUCAUGGUGAGCUGCGCAUUCGCCCCCUAAUAUCUUACCCCGUCCUCUCUCUCUCUCCACGCGACGCGACAUACCCUACAUACAGUCAUUGCCUGCACAGCCAUGGCGCCUGUUGCACCCAAAGCCAGGAAGCCACAGCAGCAGCAACAGCAGCAGCAGCAGCCGUGGUCGACCAACUUCGACACGCAGCGACGACAGAAGCUGUUCCAAAGCCCCCCCAGGGACAAGACAGCCUAUCCCACGCUCGCCGAAGCCGUAGACCCCCACAUCAACUCCUUCAAUGCCGUCUUCGCCGCGGGCGGGCAGCUCGAGCAGGGCAUCAAGGAAAUUGGCACCAAGAUGUUCCUCGACGGCGACCCAUACGAUGCGCGGCCCGAAGAAACUGGCCCGCGAAACAGACUCUCGGUCCGCAUACAGGAUGUCUUCCUCGACCGCGCCGUCCUCCCGCCAUCCAACAAGGUUGCGCUCAAGAACCGCAACAUAUUCCCCGCAGAAUGCAGAGAGCGACACGCCACCUACCGCGGCAAGAUGCGCGCACGGCUCGAGUACAGAGUCAACAAUGGCGACUGGCGAGAGGAGGUGUGCGAUCUGGGCACCGUUCCCAUCAUGCUGAGGUCAAACCGGUGCCACCUCGAGAACAUGAGCCCGGACCAGCUCGUCAAGGCCAAGGAGGAGACCGAGGAGCUGGGUGGAUACUUCAUCGUCAACGGCAUCGAGAAGAUUAUCCGAAUGCUGCAGGUGAACAGGCGAAACUACCCCAUGGCCAUCAAGCGUGGCGCCUUCACCAACCGUGGCCCUGGCUACACCCCGUACGGCAUCCUCAUUCGCUCCAUGCGCCCCGACCAGACGUCCCAAACCAACGCCCUCCACUACCUGAACGACGGCAACGUCAACUUGCGCUUCUCGUGGAGGAAGGCCGAGUAUCUGGUGCCAGUCAUGAUGGUGCUCAAAGCGCUAGUCGAGACCAAUGACCGCGAGGUCUUUGAGGGCUUGGUGGGUGCAGCUGGCUCAGAAGGACUCGCCGAGAAGCAGUUUGUGACCGAUAGGGUGGAAUUGCUCCUCCGGACGUACAAGGUCUAUGGGUUGCACUCGAAAGCGAAGACGAGGGCAUAUCUGGGACAGAAGUUCAAAGUCGUACUGCAGAUCCCCGAGGACACCAGCGACGAAGAAGCCGGCACCGAAUUCCUCCGACGAAUCGUCCUACCACAUCUAGGAGCCUACAAUGUCACGCCAGCCCAAGAUGCCGACAAGUUCCGCAUGCUCCUGUUUAUGAUCCGGAAAUUGUAUGCCCUGGUCGAGGGUGAAUGCACCGUGGACAAUCCGGACGCUGUCCAAAAUCAGGAAGUCCUGCUUGGCGGCCAGCUCUUUGGCAUGAUUUUGAAGGAGAGACUCGAGGACUGGCUACUUUCCAUACGGGUUGGCGUGCAGGAGUGGGGACGCAGGGCAGAAUGGAAGCCCUUCACCUCUGAAGAAUUCAAGAAGGAUUUUCUGCCCAAGAUUCUGAGAAGAUCCCAACUGGGCAUCGGAGCGGCCAUGGAAUACUUCCUGUCGACCGGAAACCUCAUCAGUCCUACCGGUCUCGACCUGCAACAAACGGCUGGUUUCGUGGUCGUGGCUGAAAAGAUCAACUUCUACCGCUUCAUCAGUCAUUUCAGGAUGGUGCACAGAGGCGCCUUCUUCGCUCAACUCAAGACAACAACCGUGCGGAAACUGCUACCAGAGAGCUGGGGCUUCAUGUGUCCUGUCCACACCCCUGACGGAUCUCCAUGUGGGUUACUAAACCACUUUGCACACAAGUGCAAGUUGGCUACACACAACGUUGAUGUCUCGGCGAUCCCCAUGCUGGUUGCACAACUGGGCGUAUCCAGCAAGUCGUCCGCCUCUCUUGAGGCGAGCGUGGUCGUACAGCUAGACGGCCGCGUUUUGGGCUUCUGCUCGCCAAAGCAAGCCAAAACCAUUGCAGACACGCUUCGCUACUGGAAGGUUGAAGGCUCUCACGACGUUCCGUUGGAACUCGAAGUCGGCUAUAUUCCCAAUUCCAACGGUGGCCAGUAUCCCGGCGUGUACAUGUUCUCACAGAUGUCCCGAAUGUACAGACCCGUCAAGUACCUCCCUCUAGACAAAUUGGACUACGUGGGACCGUUCGAGCAACCGUACAUGUCGAUAGCCUGUACAGAUGCCGAGGUUGUGUCAGGUGACUCGACACAUGUCGAAUACGACCCCACAAACAUCUUCUCCAUCAUCGCCAACAUGACACCAUUCUCAGACUUUAACCAAUCGCCAAGAAACAUGUAUCAAUGCCAAAUGGGAAAGCAGUCCAUGGGAACGCCUGGAGCCGCCCUGCGAUACCGAACGGAUAACAAGACCUACCGCUUGCAGACGGGCCAAACACCUAUUGUGCGACCGCCACUGCAUAACGAGUAUGGCUUGGACAACUUUCCGAACGGAAUGAAUGCUGUUGUGGCUGUUAUCUCUUACACGGGGUACGACAUGGACGACGCCAUGAUAAUAAACAAGUCGGCGCAUGAGCGCGGUUUUGGUCACGGCACAAUCUACAAGACCAAGAUAUGCGAUCUCGAAGAAGGAGGGCGGAAAAACAGAUCGGGGAGGACCGUGACCAAGCUUUUUGGAUUCGCUCCCGACGGCCUCAUCACGGCGGACAAGAAAGAGACGAUCGACGAAGAUGGGUUUCCUCGCAUUGGGGCGAUGCUGCGUUCAGGCGACGCUAUCGCGGCAUGGCACACUGUCUCGUAUGACCCGGCUACCGAUGAUUACAUCAACCGCGACGCCCAAACAAGCUAUUUCAAGUACAAGGAAGACGAACUCGCCUUCGUAGAAGAGGUGCGUAUCAUCGGCUCAGAAGACGGCACGCAGCCUUGCCAGAAGAUUAGCGUCAAACUUCGUGUCCCGCGUUCCCCAGUCAUCGGCGACAAAUUCUCGUCUCGUCACGGCCAGAAGGGUGUCGCUUCACAGAAAUGGCCUUCCAUCGACAUGCCUUUCUCCGAAUCCGGAAUACAGCCCGAUGUCAUCAUCAACCCGCACGCUUUCCCCUCGCGAAUGACAAUCGGUAUGUUCGUCGAGUCGCUCGCAGGCAAAGCCGGUGCGCUUCACGGUUUAGCACAGGACUCGACGCCGUUCCGUUUCGACGAGCAGAACACUGCCGUCGAUUUCUUCGGACACCAGCUUAUGAAGGCGGGAUACAACUACUACGGCAACGAGCCCAUGUACAGCGGAAUCACAGGCCAAGAACUCGCUGCGGACAUUUACAUUGGUGUCGUCUAUUACCAGCGUCUACGUCACAUGGUCAACGAUAAGUUCCAAGUGCGUACUACGGGACCCAUCAACUCGACGACAGGGCAACCCAUCAAGGGAAGGAAGAAGGGUGGUGGUAUCCGUGUCGGCGAGAUGGAGCGCGACGCUCUUAUUGCACACGGUACUGCUUUCCUCCUGCAAGAUCGUCUCAUGAACUGCUCAGAUUACACAAAAGCAGCCAUCUGCCGCGCCUGUGGGUCUUUCCUCUCCACUGCGCCCACGGUCAACGAGUAUGGCCGCAAGAAGGAGAAACCUGGAAGCAGCUUGACGAUUCGUUGUAGACGUUGUGCGAAGCUCGCGGAUGGGGUGAACAGUAAGGCGGAUGUGUGGAUGGAUGGCCAGGGAAUGCGGUUCAGUGGCGGAGAUGACAUUGCCAUUGUGGCUGUUCCGGGUGUCUUGAAGUAUCUGGAUGUUGAGCUGGCUAGUAUGGGGGUUAGGCUGAAGUUCAAGGUGGAUCCGUAGAUACUGGAGCGGCUAAUGAUGUUGGAAUCGAGGUAGGCUUGAAUAAGCAUUGCUCGGCGUUUUGGACACUAGGAAAAGUUCUGUUCUGUAA